AUGACGGCUAAUGUUAUCCCUGUUCUAACAAAAGCAUGGAAUGUAUUGGGAAUUCGGAUUUUGGUGUCCGUAAGUCUCUUAUUGCAAAUAGUCCUUCUAUCUCGUGGCAACAGAAGGAGGUAUAUAACUAGUAGACUGACACAGUUUUUUAUCUGGUUCAACUAUCUGUCAGCAGAUAGUGUUGCAAAUUUUGCACUGGGCAUUCUUUUCUCGGACAACAAAAAUCCAUCACUACACCCCAACUUCAUAUUUAUGGCGAACUGGGCACCCUUCCUUCUUUUGAAUCUUGGUGGCCCUGAUACAAUCACCUCCUACUCUCUUGAGGAUAAUGAAUUAUGGCUACGACAUUUGCUUGUGUCAAUCUAUCACCUAGUAGCAAUAGUUUUCGUGGUUUUCAAGUCAUGGAAUGGCAGCCACCUUAACUACGUUGCCAUUCCAGUUCUCGUUGCAGGAAUAAUCAAAUAUGGUGAGAGGACUUGGUCAUUGAGGUUGGCAAGCCGCAAAAAAUUCAGAGAAUCCAGUCUCCCAGACCUAGGAUCUGAUUAUGUUGAAUUCUUGAAUAACUACAGUAUAAGACAAGCUGAAGGGAAUAUUAUUUUCGUAGGGGAAGUGAUUGAAACUACUCCCACAGUAUUGGAUCAUUCUCAAAGGGCAAUAGCCAAUAGUUGUAUCCCAGAAGCUUCUUUUCUACACGACGGAUUCCAUUUUUUUAAGAUUUUCAAGUGUCUAUUUGUUGAUCUCAUACUUAGUUUUGAAGAUCACAAAAACAACCAAGUUUUCUUUUAG